UGAGUGAAACCGUGACAUACGGGACAAUGCUAACUGAGUGGACUGCGUGUUCUAGGCGUUGUGUGUCUCGUUGAGAGUCUAGAACCUUGUGUAUAGAUAUCUGUCCUUCAACGUUUGUAGCCUCAAUAUGACAAUACGAUAUAACAAAAUAUGCAGUGUGGUUGUUUGCGUGAAAUUUAUUAGCAGACUAAGUUAACGUGCGUUAACCUGGUGCACGUGACUAGAAAUGGCAGCCGCUGCUGAUAUGUAUUUACCGUCUGAUCCUUCUGAUCCGAAAAGAUGGAUAUGCAUUUACCCAUCUUAUCUCAAUUCGAGAAGAAGCAUACCAGAAGGAAGGAAAAUACCCAAAGACAAGGCUGUGGACAAUCCAACAUGUGCCGAAAUCCGUGAUGUCUGCAUUAGCCUUGGUCUGAAUUGUGACGUAGAAAUGAACAAGCACUACUGUCGAGAUUUAUCACGAGAUCCAACAUUUGCUGGUCGAGUCCGUGUACAAUUAAGGAAUGCAGACGGCUCACCGAGCAGCGAACAAUUCCCUCACAGAAAAGCACUUUAUCAGUACAUUGGAUCAAUGAUACCGAAGCUAAAGUCUCGUAUAAGCAAGCAAGGUCAAGCGACAGCCACAGUUGAGGACACCUUAGUAGCUUCUCAACAACCAAAGAAGAAAAAGGGAAAGAAGAGGAAAUAA